CAUUUUACGGAGAGGAGUCGGUGCAGAGAGACGGUUAGCGCGUGUCUCUGUGACCCUUAGUAGCUGACUUUCUGUAGCGACCCAACACGUUUUCGCCUUUAACCAAGAAUCUAAGAUCUGUUGUGAUCUUGUAUUCAGAUCUGCUGUAACGGCUCCUCGCGCUUAACGGCCCGCUAUGUCUCGCGAUCGAUUCAGAAACCGCGGAGGAGGAUUCCAGCAGCGAGGAGGAGGAGGCCGCGGCGGUUUAGGAGGAAUGCGAGGUGGAAUGGGAAAUCCAAAUUUCCGAAAUCAGAACACCCCGCAGCAUCCCUUUCAGAACCGAGGACCCCAGCCGGGCGGUGGGUUUAAGCCUAAUCAGGGAAACCAGCCUAAUCAAGCACAUCCUCCUCCGAACCAGAGUACACCACAAAAGCCGGAGGCGGGGAGCGGUAACGUUGCCCCGAAGCCCGAAAUUAAGUCGCCGCGCCGCAGCAGCAGCCCCAGCAACCCCCGCAACAACAACCACAACAGCAGCAGCCGGCACAAGGUCCAGGCCUUCCUCAGAACAAAACCCCGACUCAGCAGCCGCAGGGCGGCAGCGCAGGUCCGC